GUGGUUGCAUAUGCGCAUACUUUAAAUAGUGCAGGCACGCUUUCUGGAGUGUCGAUAUCUGCUUCACAAGCUUCGCAUGCAAAGAAUUAGAACGUGUUUAGUCUGUCAGCAGCACACUCCACCAGCAUGGAUGGAGGAAAGAGAGGAGUGAAGCGGCCACAUUCUCAAUCUGAAAUUAUUUCAUGCGAGGACGACCGUGACAUGAAAACUCAAGCCUUUCUCGAAUGGUCACAGCUAUUUCAGCUGAAUCCAAAGGUCUCAGUAACGAGCGAUGGCUGUGCAUCGGGUGUGGGCAUGAGAGCGGGAAAGGAGAUUAAGAGUGGCGAACGGCUGUUUGUCGUGCCAAACGAAUAUAUUUUGUGCCCCCGGUCGUGUAGUGCGUUCAAGCAACUGGCUGAAGAAGGAUUGGUACAAGAAUUCCACUCUGUUUCAGAGGACAGCACUGACGAUGAGGAUGUUGAGGAUGAUGCUGCUGAUGAUGAUGACGAUGGGGAUGAUGAUGAUGAUGGUGAGGACGAUGCUGGUGCCGUACAAGAGGCUUAUGAUGAUGAGGAUGAUGAGGAUGAUCGUGAUAGCUGUGUUGCACAUGAAGAGGUUGGCGAGAGAGGAUCAAUCACUGCCAGCGUUAAUGAUUCAGCCGAAAGUGAUUGCAGUCAAUCAGAGAGUGACACUGACGAUGAAGAUGAGAUGGCAGAUCGAAGUCGCUGGGCUCCACUGCUCCUGUCUCUAUUGUCUGAGUAUACAACGAAGGACUCCUUUUGGAAACCGUAUCUGCAUCGCAUGGCUGACUCCCAAGACCUAGACCUGCCUCACCGCUGGCCAGCUUGUGAACGAGACAGCCUGCUCAAAGGCCUUGGUAUCCUCGAUCUUAUACGCUCUGAUCUGGAGGUUAUGGAGUGGCAACAUGAUGCCAUCAUACUGCCAUUUAUCAAGAAGUACCCGAAGCUGUUUGGUCCUGGCGCCGAGUCACUGGAGCUUUACAAGAAGUUGUCCUGUUUCGUAAUGGCUAACAGCUUCACGGACACGCGCUCAUCAUCAGUCCAGACUGUCAUGGUCCCCAUGGCUGAUGUUCUCAAUCACCAUUAUAAUCACAAUGCGGAGCUGGAGGUCAGGGACGGGCAAUUUGAGAUGUGCGCCAUUCGCCCUAUUCACAAGGGAGAGGAAGUGUACAACACCUAUGGCCCGACUGGCCUGCAUGACUCUGACUUGCUGCGACUCUACGGCUUCACCAUAGGUCCACCGCUUGACUGCAAGCCAUGCGCUGCCUAUCUACCUGUCCGGCUGUGUAAAGAGUAUUUCUCACAGAACAGGUGUAUCUCAAGGGAAAUGCUCUCGAAGUGCUGGAACUUCCUCUGUGACGGGGGUGUGGAUGAUGAGAGUGAGACCGGCGGUCUUGGAAUGAUUACUUAUAAAGACGGAAGUUGCCGCUUGGAUGAAGCUCUUCAACUGACUAUAAAGGUUUUAGUAAGUACUUGGAAAGAUGAAAGUACAUUUGAAGUUGAUGACAAUGCCUUGAAUGCACGCGAAUCGAAAAAGAUUCUGACUUGGGCGUGCUCUGAGCAACUCAAGAGCUACGCCUGGUCGUACACGGAGUGUGAGGAGCAACUCAAAGCUGCCAACUCAGCAUCACGCGGUAGCAUUGACCGGCGUCGUUUGUCUGCAGUGCGAGCAUGCUGGGAACAGAUGUUUGUACUGCGUCACCUCCAGAAAGCAAAGCACAUCAGAUGCCAAUGAAGAUCAGGAAUGGCCUAUACAAGUACCACGGCGCAAUGCCUAUCCCCAUCUCUGAUGCCUACAGCAACGACAUACAGAAGCAGGUGCUAACACCCACUCUAUGCGGAUAGGAAUUUAGGGUGUCCAGCUAACCAUUAUCGUGCCAAACAAUCUUGCCAAGGCAUGGUCAAUCCAGCGCAGUCAAGUUGAUACGUGCCUCGGCAGGUGUCAGGCAGCUACAUAUCCAGGCCUGAAGUGAAGGUGUUGUGCAUGGUGUGCAUGUCAAUAUCUAGUGCUACCAUGCACCGCAAUCAACAAGAGACUGACUGGGUGGUUGUAAACAUGUGCAGCCGAGACUAAGCUGGUGAGUCCCUGAGUAGUGUGAACAGAUGGUUCACAAGGCCAUGUUUUGUUGCGUACGGGGCCCAGCCACCUUGCGGAAAGUCAUACUCUAGCAUGUGUGACUUAGCAGCUCUGCUGCUAGAGGAUCAAGUGAUCACUCUUCUGCAGGGAAUCGCUUUGCGGAGAGCUUGUCGGCACCUCGCUACUUGUCCUCAUCCAGCAUGGGGUUUCAGCGCCCUGUAAGCGAGGGGAGCCCUUGAAGUGCUCCAUUAUGAGCAUUCUUGUUUGGUAUCAGUUCUUCUGCAGUGAGAGUAUAAUAUCAACAUACAUUUUGCUGCCAAUGAUGCUGCUAUAUUAUUACCGGUUCUCAUUUACGGUACUUAAAAAAAAAUUCUGCAACUUGAUCUACACAGGGUGGUGGUGUUCCUACGGAUGCGGAAACCCGGCCUCCAGCCGAGUCUAUGCGAACCGUGAUUUUAUUUUUUCUUGUUUGCAGUUUGAACGUAAUUUGGUAAUCGCAGGUCUGCUCUGCUCCACUUCUAUUCCAGUCAUAUUUCCUUGGAAAUGCCUCUGCAGACAGUAAUUAUUGUUCUCAUUCUUUUGUGUCACCUUGCAUUAUAACUUA